CUUGCCACCCAGCUGUGUGAAGACUGUUUACCAAACUGUGAGGCCUGUGCAGGAUCCAAUGAUAACUGCAUUAGCUGUUCCAAAGGCAGCUAUAAACUUUUUCUCCACCAGGGGCGGUGUUUGUCGAAUUGCCCAGAAGGUUUCUUUGAGACAGCUGAGGGUUCAUGUGAAGCCUGUGACAGCUCCUGUCUGACGUGUGAUGGUAUCAAGUCCCAGUGUUUGUCCUGUGCUGAUGGGUACUACUUAGGGAAUGGCAUGUGUAGACUCAACUGUUCACUGCGGACAUACCCAGCAGAUGAUGGUACCUGCAGACGCUGUCCUCCCCACUGUGACGUUUGCUCAGAUGACAGGACCUGUUUCAAGUGUAGUUUCCUCUACUUGAUGCUGAAUGGUGUGUGUAAAGCUAGUUGUCCCAUGGGCUACUAUGAAGAUAUGGAGGAGGGCCGCUGUGGUCAGUGCCACCCCACCUGUGCUAGCUGUUCAGGGCCCUUGGCUGACGACUGUGAGACCUGCUCGACGUUUAGCCCCAAACUCUACAAGGGUGCAUGCUCCAAGGACUGCCCCGUUGGUACUUACUAUGAAACUAAAGCCAUGGAAUGUCAAGAGUGCCACCAGACUUGUAUGAGCUGUUCCGGCCCAGACGCAAACCAGUGCACGCAGUGCGAGAAGGGACUGGUGCUGGAUCCCAACACACUGUUAUGUGGCGUGACAGGUGACACGGACUGCCCACCUGGGACCUACUUACACGAUGACCAGUUCACCUGUAUGGGUUGCCACCGGCACUGUUACUCUUGUGAGGGGCCGGGCAAUGAUGAAUGCCAGACGUGCGCCGUCCCCAAAUACCUUCAUAACAGCACCUGCGUGAGCGAGUGUCCGGCCGGCACCUACAGCACAAGGCAGGAAGCCGACGGAAAGGAGCUGGGGUUCUGUUUGCCUUGUGACCAUGUGUGCUCCUCGUGCACUGGGGCAUCGCCUAGAGAUUGCCUCACCUGUUCUCCAGGAUACCUGCACCUCCUUCAACUCUGUGUCACUCAUUGUCCCACGGGGUAUUACAAAGAGGGCUCCCGCUGUGAGAAAUGUCACCAGUCCUGUGAGCUAUGCACGGGACCGGGGCCUGAGUCCUGCAGGGCCUGUACAUCUCCUCUUCUGGAGCUGCAAGGCACCAAGCUGUGCGUUGAGCGCUGCCCGCACCGCUUCUAUCUGCUCAAUGACGUCUGUAGACAGUGCCACACCAGCUGUCAGACCUGCACAGAUGCCUCACCUCAGAGCUGUCUGACGUGUGACUGGGGCAGCACUCUGAAGGACAAAGUCUGCUAUCCACAUUGUGAGGAAGGGAGGUACUUCUCAGAUGAGGAAACCUGUGAGCCAUGUGACAGCUCAUGUAGGCACUGUUCCGGUCCAAGAUCUGACCAGUGUCUGACUUGUCACCGUGAUUCUGCUCUUCACGCCAUGGAGAACCGCUGUGCCCGCUGCUGUCGGGCUGGAGGGAACAACACUGACUGCUGUGUUUGUGACAGCCGCUCAGCUCUGUGUGUUGAGGUCCCCCAACCUAAGUCAGGAGAUGACCAGGACCAGGCAACGGACCUGAAUGUGUCCUCCAGAGCUCUGAAUCACACUUCAGCCGCCUUGCCUAUUUCCCUGUUGCUGGCUCUGGGGUUGGCUCUGGCAGUAUUUGCCCUAGUCAAAGCUCAUGCCAGGAAAAGGCUUUGCUGGAGCCAAAGCUAUGAAAAACUGAGUGGCAGUGCCAGUAUCAACAUGCCCCAUGGUGUGCCUGAGCCGGACAGCGGAGACGAGGUGGACGUGGUGUACACCAGCAGAGGUGGAUCGGUGUAUCGACGCUACAGCUUCAUCCAUGAGCAGGACACUGAUGCAGACCAGGACGUGGACGAGAGCACUCGUCUCAAUCAGUCUUAGACACAUCCAAACCAGGGCUUACUAACUGAAGAAUGUAUCGUGGAUACUCACAAUAUCAAGACUGAGAGGUGAAUUCAAACUAGUUUAGUUAAUGUUAAGAAGAAAAUAUAGUGGUAUGCUUCCUUAUGAGUUCUAGGUGUUUAUUUUAUUCUACAAAGUGCCUGUAUCCAUGUAAUGCACAUUCUUAGAUGAGGCAUUUGUGACUGAAAAAAGAAAUAAAUACAUACAUUUGUGUAUAUGUAUGUACAUGACUUUUUCUUUUCUUUGUUUUUCUUGAUAUUAAAGAGGUAUAUGUGAAACAGUGAAAUGAUCAUGUAUAAUAACUGAAAUCUGCAGGAUGUAUUGUAAAUAGAAAUAUAAACAAAAUAAAAUGUUUUCUAUCAAAUGUCCUCAGUGCACGUUGAAA